UUGGAUAAUGCCAUAAUCAACGAUAAUAUUUCUAUUUUCCGCACGAUUUUGUGUUAUAUCGCGAAAGCACAAGCACUCUCUCGUAUCGCACAUAUAUGUAUUAUAUCUAUUAUGUUUUUACAUCGUUCGACUUCAGCAUGUAAUUAUCAUUUUUUCAUUAAAUACUAAAUCGAGUAAAUCGUAAAUAUCCUCAAAUCCGUCAAAGGCGCAUUCAACGUUUGUUUUUAGUUUUUACGUUUUAGUGAAUUUUUUUUUAUAAAUGUACCAAACACGAUUUCGAAUUCCGCCGUCAAUGUGUUUUUUGUACUUAUGGAGUCAUUAGAUAUAUUGAACCUGCGAGUAGGUGAAUGUUCGUUUUUGGAGACAGCCUUGGCCGAUGUUAAACGUUAUAUGAACACCUUCAUUUUAAAAAACAAAAUGUUGGUAACUUCAUAAAUCCAUUUGCCUUGGAAACUUGAUUGAAACGUGGUACUUAUUUUUCCUCCAGUGAGCGCACGUAAUCGGUUUUUAGUGCAUACUCUAGUGCAAACAUUUUUUAAUGAAUUGAACACCAUAUCAAUUGGUAGUAGCUACGGAAGACGCUUGGUUGUCUAUCAUUCUUCUCUUAAACCAAUGUAUUGUGAAAUAGAACUGGAAGGUGCUGAAAAGCAUGAUGAAAAUAAUUCUAGUAUACAUCGAGCAUAUAGAACCCCUAAUGAAAGGAAGGCCCAAGAACGAUUAUUUCAGUCACUUAAGCCUAAAAAAUUAGAUCCAAGUACAAGAUCUAAUCAGCGCAAACAAAGUAAAAGGCCAGAUAUUCCUAUUUAUGUACCAAAAGCACUUAGGGGAUUAGCUAAUACUACUGGCUCCAAAACUAGCAGCGAAAAUAGUAAUUCAGAUUCAACUGCAUCAAAUAAACCUGAUGCUAAUUCAAGAAUUCAAGAUGAUCCAAGCAACAUAUUACAUUCAAAAGAUACGAAAAGUUCAAUAUCACUAUCUAAUCAUAAUCAACAUAAUGAUAUUAUAUUAGCAUCUUUAGAUUCAUUUAAAUUUGUAGACUUAUCAAAUGACAUGUUAAUUAAUGAUGUUAAUAAUGAAUUUAAAACUUCAUAUUUUGAUACGUCAUCUCAGUUUUCAGAUUCUUUAUCUACUAGUAUUCUUCCAGAUUCAGUAGAUAUUAAAGAAAAUAAUAUAAAUGUUUCUGUAACAAACAAAAUAAUUAAUAUUGAAAAUCCCAAUUUAGACCAUAAUGAAAUAGAGUCUAAUAUUGUAGAAACUGUGUUUGACAAUCGUGAUUUAACAAGAGGUGACAAUGUCAGUUGUACAAGUAUUCAAAAUUCUAAAUCAGUUGAUUUACCUGACUUUCAAGUAUCAGAUAUUAAUGAAAAGAUAACAGCUAAUAAUGUAUUGGUAUCUCAAAAAACUAGAAAACUAAUAGAUCUGAAAGUUGAUGAUAACAUUUCAGAUAUUUCUUAUAGUAAUAACCAAUCGCACGACACGCAUAAAGGAAGUGAAGUGGUUUUUUCUGGUGUAUCUGAAAUAGCAUUAGAAGAAGAACAUGAUACAAAUUGUCCUCACUAUUGUUUAAAUGAUAGUUUCACAAGUAGUCCUUUAACAGAUUUAGAUAGCAGUUAUUCUAAAAAUGAAAAUGAAAAAUUGACUGCCCAGCAAAGUGAAAAGAAAAAAAAAAAGAAAAAAGAAAAGAAAAAAAUUUUAGAUGUAGAUGAAUGUAGCUGGGAAGAUAUGUAUGAUAAAGAAGAUGAUUAUAUACAUCCAUUGCUUAUGAAAGAAUUAGUUUCUAAUAUUGGUAAAGUUCAAGUCCAAUGUGCAAAAGAGGAUUAUCGCAGUUAUCAAACAGUUGAAGAACGUUCAGGCGAUGGUGAGUGUGUUAUUGAAGUGUAUGGUUUUUCUUCUGAAUUGAAAACAAUUGAUCUAAUGAAUCAAUUUGCUGCAUUUCGUAAAAACCAUUUUGAAAUUAUUUGGGUGGAUGACACACAUGCAUUAGCAGUAUUUGAAAGUCCAAAUUUAGCUGAUCAAGCAUUGAACACACCAUUAGCACUAGUGAAAACUAGACCUCUUAAGAAUGCUAUCAAAGAAUCAAAGCUUAGAGCUGCUACAGUUGUUCCUCUUCCAGCAACUAGGCCUAAAACCUGUACUGCAAUGGCUAGACGACUAGUGAGUAGUGCUUUAGGAUUAAAAAUGAAUGUAUCAGCAGAUCUUAUAAAUGCUGAACGUACAUUGUUGGCAAAUGCUAAAGAGAAAAAGAUUCGGGAUGCUCAACAAAAACACAAUAUAUGGAAUAAUGAAUCAUGAUGUGUACAAAAUACAGUCAAUUAUUUUUUGAAGCCACUACAAUUUUUUUUAGCAUUAUAUAAUUUCAUUAAACUAUAGUUUGGGAUUUUUUUUAUAUAUACAUUAUACAUAAAUAUGUAUCAUACAUUUAUUUAUUGA